GAGAGAGAGCGCCGGUGUGUGUCACAUCCACCUCCUCCCUCCGGCAUCCUGAAGAAGUGAAUGAGGAGGGCCGUUGCUGGCCGACAGGGAGGGGUCCUUUGAUAUCAGGGCUGCCUCCUCCUCCUGGAUGGAGCCCGGCGGUGUGCAGGAAGCGAUGGCCAUGGGAGAUGUCUCGAAAAAAGCGUCGACUCGGAACGUGGCGGUGGAGCGAAAGAACCUCAUCACCGUGUGCAGGUUUUCUGUUAAGACGCUAUUAGAGAAGUACACAGCUGAGCCCAUAGAUGAUUCAACAGAGGAGUUUAUCAAUUUUGCAGCCAUCCUGGAGCACAUCCAGCAUCGCUUUAAAGGCUCAGGGAGCUGGUUUGAUGGUCAGAGGAGUUUCUGGGACUACAUCCGUCUGGCCUGUGCUAAGGUCCCCAACAGCUGCAUCAGCAGCAUUGAGAGCAUGGAGAAUAUCAGCACAUCACGAGCCAAGGGGCGAGCCUGGAUGAGAGUGGCCCUGAUGGAGAAGAGGCUGUCUGAAUACAUUGCCACUGCUCUGAGAGACAGCAGAACAACCAGGAGGUUCUAUGCAGAAGGAGCCAUCGUACUAAGAGAGGAGGCCACAGUCCUAACAGGGAUGCUCAUAGGUCUUGGAGCCAUAGACUUCAGUUUCUGUCUGAAGGGAGAAGCCUUGGAUGGGAAAUCAUCUGCUGUGAUUGACUACACGCCGUACUUGAAGUUCACACAAAGCUAUGAUUAUCUGAGCGAUGAUGACGAUAGGCAUAGUGUUGACAGCAGCACGAGUGAUGACAGUGUCCCUGAGCAUCCCUACGUCCCUCUGGUCACUGAUGAGGAGAGCUGGAGUACCAAGUGUCGCAAGAUGGAGCAGAGGUUCAAGAUCGUCAAUGCUCAGAAGGGUUAUCUUGAGGAGCUUGUGCGCCUGCGUGAGUCCCAGCUGAAGAACACUGAAUCUGAGAACAAGAAGCUAAAGGCCCGACUUGAGGAGCUACAGGAUCACAGCCUGCAGGAGAAGAAGGACCUGGAGGCCAUAGUGCUGGAGCUUCAGGAACAACUGACCAGCCUGAUUCCAUGUGACUCCAACCACCUGGCCAAAAACCUUUCAAUCCCUUUGGUCAACCAGUGGCCGAUGCUGCAGCCUUACAAUAGCCAAGACGACAUCAAGCUGUUCCGAAGGAGAAGUUUCCCCAGCACAGAGCUGCUGUCGGUGGAGAUCAGCUUGGAUUCAGACUCCCAGAGGAUUGAUGGGAAACAGAACGGAGGAGCCUGGUGCACAGAAAAGGACUACACCCCCUCCAUGAUGGGCCUCUGUGGGUCCUUGGCUUCCCUCCCCAGCUGCAAGUCUCUCGCUAGCCUCAAGUCCAGCGAGUGUUUGGUUAACAUCAGCACAGAGAACAGUCCUGCCCUGUCACCCAGCUAGGGGGCGCCAAAGAAACACUGCCAACCCCCAGAGACAAUUCAACAUGAACACAGAACAAACUACUUUUGGUAGGCGCUCUGUUAAGGCCCUUUCGUGAUUCCCUUUAUGCUCUGAGUCCUGCUCUCUCAACUUACACCUUUUAAGAGUUUGUGAAGAGGGAUCUCCAUGUCUUGGACUGUUCAGCAAAGAUGCAGGAAAAGCUGCUGUACUGCCUGUUGGCCUCCUUCUGUUUCAAAGUCUUUCACUGUCUUUACAUUAUUAAGCCUCCUGAAAUACAAAAAACUGGUUCAAGUUUGACCUCCCA